UGCGGCAGUGCACGGCAGAGGAACAAGGUUGCUAGAGCCUCGGAAAUUUAUCCCCACUAAAUAAAAAGUUGACUAGAGCUAAGCACCUGUACGCAUAAUAUAGCAGGAGGGAAGUAAAGACUAACUGUGGUGGCGUGAAGGCUUCGUAAGAUGGAAGUAUCGCUGACGCUGUGCCUGCUGGUGGCGAGCGUGGGGGCUGGGCCGCUGCAGCCGCUGUCGAAGGAGGAACCAUUUCAGGAUGGCAGGAAUGACGUCGGAAUAUUCGUUAAGGAGGAAGACCCGAUUUAUAGAAGAUUGAACGGAGAUCAAGUGGAGCCAGUCAACGAACAGAGCAUCGGCGCUUCUUUCAGCAGCCUGAAGCCCAUCAGCAUGAAACACGGCGUGCUGGAUGCUCUCAUGCGAGUGAAGAGAAUGGAUAGGCAUGAAGAACAAGUGGGAGCUGCGAGACAGGAAAGGAAGAGGAAGAGAAACCGGAAGAAGUCCGGAACUAAUCGCGUCCCGGAACUCAGUAACGUAAAGGAAAGCGCCACUGAUUCCAACACUACCACGGUAACGCCUGCUACUACUUUGGUCACCACUGGUUCAACUAAUUUUUCGAGCAGUUCCCCCACAAUCACCAAUUUUGCUGAUAAACCAACAGUAUCUAUAACGGCUUCUACUGAACCAUCACAUUCUUCUUCGUCAAGCAAUUUUGGAACAUUGUCCACUCUCCCUGCUACUCUUAGUACACCAACCACUCCUACUAAUGUUCCUUCUACACUUCCUGCUACUCUAACUACUGCAGCCACUCCCAUUAACGUUCCUUCUACACUUCCUGCUACUCUUACUACUGCAGCCACUCCCAUUAACGUUCCUUCUACACUUCCUGCUACUCUUAGCACGGCAUCCACUAGCAUUAACACACCUGCUACACUUCCAGCAACUCUGACCACUGCAGCCACUCCCAUUAACGUUCCCUCUACACUUCCUGCUACACUUACUACUGCAGUCACUCCCAUUAACUCGGCUGCUACACUUCCUGCUACUCUUACUACUGCAGCCACUCCCAUUAUAGUUCCUUCCACAAUUCCUGCUACUCUUAGCACGGCAUCCACUCCCAUUAAUACGCCUACAACACUUCCUGCAACUCUAACCACUGCAGCCACUCCCAUUAACGUUCUUUCUACACUUCCUGCUACUCUUUCCACUGCACGCACUCCCAAAAACGUUCCUUCUACACUUCCUGCUACUCUUUCCACUGCAGCCACUCCCAUUAAAACACCCUCUGCACUUCCUGCUACUCUUACUACUGCACACACUCCUAUUAACACUCCUGCUACACUUCCUGCAACUCUUUCUACUGCAGCUACUACCAUUAAUACACCCUCUACUCUUCCUGCUACUCUUACUACUGCAGCCACUCCCAUUAAUACACCCUCUACUCUUCCUGCUACUCUUACUACUGCAGCCACUCCCAUUAAUGUCCCUUCUACACUUCCUGCUACUCUUACUACUGCAGCCACUCCAAUUAAUACACCCUCUACGCUUCCUGCUACUCUUACUACAGCCACUCCCAUUAAUACACCCUCUACUCUUCCUGCUACUCUUACUACUUCGACCACGAUUGAACAGCGCUAGGAAAUAAUAUCGUGAAUUUAAUUAUGACAUGAAGAUAAAUGGAAUGCAGAUAGAUUUUGAUAGAUUUUGCUUUUAAUGAUAGAAAAUGCUUUUAAUGAAUCUUUUUUAAUAGAUUAUUUUUCGUAGAUGCAUUUUUAGAUUCUAAUCCACUUGGAAUUUAUUUUUGGUUAAUCGUAUAAAAUAAUAAAUGUAAGUAAAAACAGAGGUUACCAACGCUACUAUGGAUUAAUUAUGAUGGUUUUUAUAAAAACCUUGGUCGUCAAACCAUUAUUCUCGUUGGCAUAAUGAUAUUUGUCGAUUUCUAUGUUAUUAUCCGAAGUAUUUCGUGAAUAAUUUGAUUAAAAAGGCCAAUGCUAGUUCAGUGUUAUACAUAAAUGUAUUUAUUUUGAAAAAAUUUCAAAUCAAGAAAAUCCGAGCGUUAUUUUUGAAGAUAAUUUCAUCGGAUCCCAAAACUCUAACGCGUCGAACCGGAAAAAGUUCAACUAGAAACUCACAAAGAGACGAUUAGACACGAUAUAACCAUUUAAAAUUAAAUAGAUGCAACAGCGGUAGGUGAUUUUAAUUAUAAAUUAAUUUAACAUUCUCACUCACUUGCUGUUUGUACGGUAUUGCUGAACACUUGCAGUUAGGGUCGCGACGUCUAAGUAUUAAACCUAUAAUGUUGUCAGAUCUAAUUAUUCAAAGUACUUGAUAGUAAAGUAAGGUAAAAUUGAUAUAAUGUAUAAGGAUCGUGGGUGCGUUGUUGCAGGGGUUCUUUGUAAGGUUACUCGUUGCGAGAAUUCGCUACCAUUCAGCGGUGACUUCCCUUUUUCAAGCUGCUUGUAAUCUUUGACUGCUGCUUAAUCUCGGACUUUCCCUUAAUCUCGGACUUUCCCUUAAUCUCGGAAAGUUUCGUUAUCUCGGAAUAUUUCUUAGAGUCGGACUGUUCCUUAAUCUCGGAGUAGAAAAGCUUCUGUUUUUUUUUAAAGUAAAACAAUAUUGAACAUUCUCGUACUGCCAUCCGCUUGAAUUAGCAGGCCAUGAAAAAAUUAUUCCUCGAUAGCAUUUAUUCGCUCAAUAAAUGAUUCACUAAAUGGUUCACUCAAUGAAUAAAUUAAUGUACUGUAAACCAUUUAGAUUUUAUUUAAAGCUGAAGCAGAGAAAGUUGCUGUUUUAGCUUUGUUGCAUUCAUGUUUUCAGAAAUUGUUCAAUGCCGCACUAGUGUAUCGCAGACACAGUCUGAUGAAGCUCACACAUGACUCAAUGGGCAUUCAAUUUCUUGCAACUCCUUUGAAAAAUUCUUAACGAUU